AUGAAAAUUGGAAGGCGAAGACCCCCUGAUGCUAAAAAUUGGAAGGUCAAAUAUUACAAGGGUCUUGGCACUUCAAAUACCAAAGAAGCUAGACUAUAUUUUAAGAAUUUAAAGCGUCAUAAAGAAACCUUUUGCACCUAUGAAAAAAAGAGAUCGAGAUAUUCUCGACGGUUUAAAGCUGGGCAAAGAAAGAAGAAUUAUAAGAAAGAAAUUAAAGUUUCUUCGCUAUCCGGGGCUGUUUUAGAACAAGCGGCAUAUCAUCAUGGUGAUGCAAGUCUUCAAGGUACUAUUAUCGGAAUGGCUUACGAUUUUGUUGUUUCAAACAACGUCAAUAUCCUUAAUGGCGAGGGUCAAUUCGGCAAAAGGGCUCCAGGGGGCAAGGAUGCAAGCUUGCGCUCGUUAUAUCAGCAUCACUUAUCCUCGACACAACAUGAAAGAUCUUCAACCCACAAGAUGACUUCUAUCAUAUCGGAAUCGGAACCGAUUGGAGUUCAUCUAUCCCAAAUUAUAAUCCUCAAGAAAUCGUUUGAUAAUUUAAAACGAUUAAUCAAUAAUGAAGAAACCACCCGUGGUACCGUGGGUUCCAGGAUUACAAAGAACAAACAACAUACGACAACUACCAUAGAUUUUACGAUCAAAUUAUCGUCAGAAAGUCUAAAAGAUUCUUUAGAAGAAGGACUUGAAAAACGAUUCAUGAUGAGCUCACCCAUCGGAAUGUCGAACUUGGUGUGUUUUGAUGACGCGAAGGUCGUAUUCGAAAAUAUGAUUCUCCCAAAGAAAUUCCAAAGGAAUUUUACACAUACAGGCUCGAUUACUAUUAUAAGAGGAAGGUUC